AUGCCUUUUUAAAUUAAGCUAUUUGAGAAAUAGGUAGUUUUUAUGCUGUCACACCUUUUAACAUUAGAAUACAACAUGCCUAAACUAUUCUAAUUGCUCCUUAUCAUUUAUUCAGUUACCUAAUCAAUUUCGUAUUCAUUUUACUACUAAUAUACUUAAGAUGAACAACUCAAACAUAGUCUUACUAAAAUUACCUUACUAACAAGAUUGUAUUUAUAUAUUGACAAUCCAGAUAUAAAGUCAGCGUUAUUUUGGCUACUUGUUGUAGUCCAAAAUUUGAUAUUCCUCGCGGCUAGUAUUGUUGCUUAUAAAAAUCAAUAUGUGAUGGGGGCUUUAUCUUUUUGGACCAGAUUUAUAUCUGUCAUAUUCUGUUUUUAUAUCUAUUAUUUUUCAACUGCAUUUUUUCCUGUUAUCUUUGAAAUUUGCCUUUUUAAAUCAUUUGAUUUAGCAUAGUUUUGUGUUUCUAUAGUUGUAAUGAUAGAAACACUUAUGAUUAUGAUAUUAGGAGAACUUAUUUUUAGAAGAGGCUUAAUACUUAAAUCAACAUCUUAAUUGUAUAUUAAUAUGACCACAUACUCAUACAUAAUCAAAAUUCUUAAAUUAAUGUAAAUCAUUUUUUUUUUUUUUUUACAAAGACAAUUUCUCUCUUAAAUAAUUUAAUGUGUAAUUAAUAUCCUAAUUUAAAUAUGCUUUAUAGCUGAAUAGAUUAGAGUCAAAGUUUAUGCUUAAAAAAUCUAUUCGAACACAACAAUUAUUUUUAGUUCGAUUGGAUUAGUUCUUUCUAUUGAUGUACUUCUAACUCAAUCAACAAAUAAUAAUAAUUAUUGGAUAUUGGUUUGCAUAAUUGUUAUAAAAAUCUUAAUGUUUUGUGAAGAAUUUUAGAUUGAUAAAAUUUCUAAUUAUGGAAUACAUGAAUUAAAAUAUCUAUUUACUUUUUUAGAUUUAAGUAAUCAUGAAAAAUCAAAAACUAAACUUUAAAUUUUCAUACUUUACAAAAGUCAUUAUCAAAAUUGUGAUAAUAAGAACACUUGUUUUUGUACAAAAUAUAAAAAUGAUUAAUAUGUUGCCAUUAUUAAAAUUAUUGAAAGUAAAAUUGAAGAAAAACUUCAUGGGAAAAUAGAAAUAUCUAGAGAUUUAAUUUGUACAGAUUAUGCUUAGAUUUUAUUUCGAAGUUAAUAAUAUGUAAAAGCUUAAUAACACAUAACCAGAUUUUUGACUAGAUAAUCAUCAAAUUAUGAAAAAAAAUAAAAUCCAUUAUCAACAAUUACAAUAUUUUUACUUGAAUAUUUAAAGGGUGAAGUUUUAAAUUAAGUUAUGAUUUAAAUUACAGAAAAAAUUAUGUUAUCCAAUUAACAUAAUAAAUUACUUAAUGAAUCCUUGAAAUCAUUUGUACUAAAUGAAAAUUCAGAUUCUUAAAUAAUAUUCAAUUUGAAAAAAAUAAUUCAAACUAAAAUUUAAUUUUAUUAUAAUUUUGUUGAACAUUAAAAUAAUAGUUUUGGAAAUGUCAAUUAUGCAUUGCAAUUUAUCUAAUAAAUUUAAUAAUUUAAGGAGAUGCUGUUAAAUCGAUAUAAUUAGUUCCCAAGUAUAAAUAUAUAAUAAUUUUAGCAAGUAGUAACUAAAAUAUAUUGAAAUAUUUUACUCUUCAUAUUCUAAAUGAUUAUAUUGAUUCUUUUAACAUCAAUCGAGGUAAAGCUUUUGAAGAUGAUAAAUUUAAUUAGUUUUCAGGAUAAAUGUAUCAUAAAAUAUUUGGAAUUAAUCCUGCAUAUUUUAUUACUGAAUUAAAUUCUGAAUUAGAAGUGAUAAUAUCUAAAAAGUCUUAAAGAGCAUAAUAUUUAUUGGAAUAAUGGAAGGUAUAAUAAUAAGAAUAAAAAUAUCAUUAAAAUACUGAACUAAAUGCUUUUUUACCUGAAUAUGUAUAAUUGAAGCAUAGCAGUUUGAUUGAGAGAUUCUUAAGUGAAGGAUAAAAUAAAUAUUAUCAAUAAUAAAAUCUUUCAUUUUUAAAAUAAUUAGAUAAAGUAAUGAUGCCAAUUCAAAUAAUGAUAAGUAUGAAUUAAACAAAUUAUGAUAAAUUCUCCUUUCUUACAUUUUUUUAUGAAUCACUUGACUAUAGAUCAUAUAUAGUAGUGGAUAAACAUUUAGAGAUACUUAAUAUAAGUUCAAAUAUUUCAGAAAGCUUAUUGAUAAAUGAAUCUAAAGUUCAUUCAAGUUGUAUAACUAAAAUAAUACCAAAUUUUUAAUAAUUAAUAUCUACUCAUUAACAUUAAUUUUACAAUCAAGAAAUAAAAUUAGUUAAAGAAUAUCAUCAUCAAAAAGUUCCUUGCUCUUUUACUGGUAAUAUAAAAAUAGAUAGAAAAUUUGAGAAUCAAUAUAAAUGUUAUUUUGUAGAAUUAGAUAAUAUUAGAGCAAUUUCAAAAAAGUUUAAAGAUGAGAAUUCUACUUUGUAUAUGGCUUCUCUUACUUAGUUUCCUGGAUCAACUUAGAAAUUACUCAAUAUAAAUAGUGAAUUAAAUGAUUCUGAAGAGAAGAUGAUUCCUUAUAUAGAUAUUGAAAAUCAUCCAAUUCCUGAGAAUUCUUUAUGUAUUAUUCAAUAAGAACAUCAUCGUUAAACAAUAAAUUAAACUGAUACAAAUUUAGUCUGUACUUUAUAAAUGGUGGAAAUAGGAAAGAGUCAAAAUGUAUUUGAACCUUUAUCAUAAAAACGAUUAUUGCAUAGUUCAAAGUAUUCUCAUGAUGAGGAUAUGAAAAAAUAAGUAAACAAAAUUGUAGAGGAAGAUGAGUUUUUGGAAAUCGGAUCUACAUCUUCUGUUACUGCUAUUAGAAGAUCAAAAUAUUAUAAAAAAUUUGAGAUAAUAACAAUUUUAAUGAAAUCAAAAAAAUAAUCACAAAAAAUAGUAAAAAUGAAUAAAUUCAUUUUUUUGUAUAUAUUUGUUAUAUUACUGGGAUUAAUAAUAGUAAAUUAUAAUAUUAAUUAUUUAAUAGCAAAUCUUAAUGAUUUAAAAUUUAGAAUAAUUUGUAGAAGAUAUCAAAACAUUAUCAAUAAGAUAUGAUGUUGUAGAACCCUAUGAAUCCUUUUAUGUUUCUAGAUUUUCUUAGGUUAAUUACAGAGAAUAAUUAAGUGGAGGGCAUAUAAAUGCUAGUGUGUAUGCUUAAUUGACAAAAUAUCCAUUCUCAACUUUUAGUCUAAUGUAUGAUCAUCUGAGAGAUAGCAUGUAUAGUGUAUUAGAAAGAAGAGAGAUAGAUUAAUUAUCAGAGAAUGAAUAUAUAACAAUCAACUUUUUGAACAGCUCAUAUGUUGGUUAUACUAAAAAUGUAACUAUAAGAUCUUUAGCAAAUAUUUUGAUGAAUUAUUAAUAUGAUUUUAAGUUAGGAUUAACUAUUCGAAAUGUGGCAUUUGAUAGUCCUUUUUUUUAUUUUACAAGUAAAAACUAUCUAACAAUAAAACAUACAUUUGAUGGUUUAAAUAAGAUUGUAUUAGAUGAAACUUUAUAAAGAUCAAAAUUAGAAAAAGAAAAAUGGUUAUCGGUAUUAUUACCAUUUAUAACAAUAAGUUUGUUAUUAUGCAUAAUAAUAAUUAAUAGUUAUAGAGAAUAUAAUUAAAUUAUGAAUUCAAUAUUUUAAUAUUUAAUGGAUUUGGAUCAAUAAAUAUUGGAUGAUGAAAAAAAGAGACUUUAAAAACAUUUGAGUAUAGUAAAUAAUGAAUUAGAGAAAGUUAAGAAAUUUGAAUUUGAUAUUGAUGCAAUAGAUGCUGAACUUGAGGAAUCUAAUAAUUUAACAAAUAGAAAUAAUAUAAAAAGAGAUGCAAAGAGAUUCAAAAUAACUAAUAAUUAUUUAAAAACAACUGCUGCAAUAGGAUUUAUUCAUUUUCUUUUAUUCCUAACAUUCUAUAUGACUAUAUUUUUCAUUAUAGAAAGAUAUUUUGAGAAAUAUGAUUAAACUUCCAUCAUUUUUUAAAGGAUCAGUGAUCUUGGAGUUGAUAUUCCAACUUUAUAUGCUUAAAGAGAAGUCUUAUAUAGAAGGACUUUAAGAUAUUUUUUUUUAUCAAAUGCAGAAAUUGAUGGAGUAUAUGAUGUAUUAUUUUAGGCAUAUAAUAAAGUAGAAGAAUUCUCAUAAUUAAAUAUUGAUUUAAGUUCAAAUGAUUAUUUGUUUGAUGAAAAUGCAGUCUCUUUUUAUCAAUCAAUUAACACAGGAAAUUUGUGUGAUUUUUAAACAGAAUAAUUUAAAUAACUCUCUAAUUUAACUUGUGGAAUAGCUAUGAAUGGUAACUUAUUAAAAGGAUUAUCAUAAAUCUUACCAUAUAUAUUAUACACUUUAAAAACCUAAUAAUAUGAUAGCAAAAACUUUACUAUUUUACCAACAAACACUAGACUUGAAUUGGAAGGAGCAACAAUUAUUGGUAAUGUUAUGUCAACAGUAAUAUCUGAACUCUAUGAUAAUUUACUCAUUUCAUGUUUAAGGUUGAUUAAUUUCACUUAGAUUCCAUGUAUCAUUUUUCUAGUAUUUCAAUCUAUAUGUAUAUUUAUUUAUAUCACCAUCAUGAAUGAAAAACACAAAUAACAAUUUUAGUCAAUCAAACAAUCUAUAUUUUUAUUUCCAAGACAAACAUUAAUUUUUGAUGAUUAAUUUUAUAGGAAUUUUAGAUCAAUUAUAAAGGAUGAAGGAAUUUAAUAAUGA